AGGGGGCUGGUGUGGGCAUGUUGGCUGCUGGGGGGCAUGAGGGCGAGUGUCCUGAUAUACGCGCGGUGCGAGGGGAAAGUAAUCAGUCGGGACACGGAGUACCGCUGUGUGAGUUCUCCCUGGGGAUGAAGUGAGUGAGGAAGAAGAUGCUGAUAGUUGGUACUCAGUCUCAUUAUUGGGCGAUGUGCUGCGACUCCUGUUGCUGUUGGAACAAUCCAUCACCCCUGACAACCGGCUGUCACUGGAUUCUUUCAAGAAAGGAACUUUAUUCACCGCGCGUGGAAGUUUUACUCCUUACUUUAUUGGUUUAUUCUGCUUCGCUCGGGGAUUUGCUGAGCACAACCUACUUGUAUCUCCCGAUCCCCUGUCCGAUCAGUCUAACGUGAUGACGGCAGUGGGUACGAAUGCUGCCGGAGUUGCCAAGCAACCGUUUAGGAUACUAAUAAUGGAUUCCCCUGUUGUUGUGCUUCUGUAACAAUGUGGUGCUUCUGUAACAAGCGGCAUUUGCAUUCGGGAUUCUAAAUACAGAAAUGUUUGGCUUGGUGUUCCCUUUAAAGUGUCACACGUGGACAUGCUUGUUGUGAGAAUGACAUGAUAUAUUGAUAUCCAGGCUGUGAGCUGCUUUUCCUUAUACAAUUGCUUGUGAUGUGGGACUUGUUCUACGCCUUCUCAUCCCCUGUCACCAUGCUGAGGCAUCCUCUAUUGCCUGCUCCCCUCCCCCACUCGCCUUCCCCUCCCCCACCCUUCCUCUGCAUGGCCCUGUCUCCCUCUCCAGACUUCAUGUUUCUGUGCUGAUAGUAAGUGAUGGUAGUUUGUGUGCCUGGUGGGCUUGUAUCCUCUCUAGAUCUGAUUGGGGGGUUUACUCCAUGUUUACUCCAUGUUUCCUCUUUAUGCAUCUGGCUACAGCUUGUCUUGAACUCUCUGCUGUUCCUCUUUUCUUAACUGCUAUUCCUCUUUUAUUAACAGGCAGCACGUGUUCUGUUUUUUAUUCUAAUAAACACAGACGUGCUAUGCCAUAUAUGCAUUACAUGCAAGCCUCUGUCUGUUGUUAAACUGCUACUCUCACUGCUGUUUGGGAAUUGUGUCUGUCUAAGGCAAGUAGCUGUCAUUUUAGGGACUGCUGUAAGUGCUAUGCAUUCGUAUUAUUGUACUAUGGGAAGUGCUUGGGUGAAGCCUUUUGUGUUCUGUCCCGUUUACUUUGUAAUUUUUAUUUUUGGGAAUUUUUAGAUUGCAAACAAUGUAUCCGUCAGUAAUUUUAUGUUUGACGUGUGAGCCCUUUCUAGACUGCGUUGUUGCAUGUAGAGUCACAUAAUGAGCCAAUCGUUGGCCCUAUGGGCUGACGACUAAACUGGGCAAGUAUAUGAGCUGCUUUUAAAGCCUAAUAGGCGGUAGAAGGGCAAAGGGAAAGGUUUAUUUAUACAGAAUGCAAUUCAGUGGACUGUUGAUUUGUUUUAUUUGUGUUCAUGGGGAUCAGGGAGUAGAAUACGAGGAGUUUAAUUUAUAGAGUUUGACGUUAACGCAAAAAUAUUACAUUAAACUUGCAUUAAAAAUGCUAUAGGCUGCCCUUUUAAAUGUAUGGGAAGCGUUAUGCUCACUGCAGGCUCUUCUCUGCAAUUGAGUCUGUCCUGUUUUUCUGUUAAAUUGGUGAGCAUUGUAUUUGUAUCCUGCCAUUUGAGGAUUCUUUGAUAUUUUGCCUGACCAAAGCAAUCUGAUCACACUUCAUUAAUCUCUAUAAAUGUGGAUGAUAAGCUUGCAUAAAAGCGGCAAAUGGUUAUGAGUCUUCGAGUAUCUGAGCUGCAAGUGCUUUUGGGAUACGCUGGGCGCAACAAACACGGUCGUAAACACGAACUGUUGACCAAAGCUCUUCACUUGCUUAAGACUGGGUGCAGCCCCGCUGUGCAAAUGAAAAUCAAGGAAUUGUAUCGGAGGCGGUUCCCUUUGAAAAUUUUGACUCCUGCUGACUUCUCUUUGCCCAGUGUGCACUCAAGCUCUAUGCCAGUCAACCUGUCACCAUCCUCCAUUCCUCAGCUCUCCUAUGAUGGUCAUCCAGCUUCUUCUCCAUUACUACCAGUCACUCUCCUCCCCAAACAUGAACUGGAUCUCCCACACCUCACAUCAAAUCUCCACCCUGUCCAUCCGGAUGUCAAACUUCAAAAACUUCCUUUCUAUGACCUUCUGGAUGAACUUAUCAAACCCACAAGUUUAGCAUCUGAUAACAGUCAGCGCUUUCAAGAAACUUGCUUUGCAUUUGCAUUAACACCGCAACAAGUACAGCAGAUAAGUAGCUCAAUGGAUAUCUCUGGGACAAAAUGUGACUUCACAGUACAAGUGCAGCUCAGGUUCUGUCUCUCUGAGACUAGCUGCCCCCAAGAAGAUCAUUUUCCACCCAACCUGUGUGUAAAGGUGAAUGGAAAACCAUGUAACCUUCCAGGGUAUCUUCCACCAACUAAAAAUGGGGUUGAACCAAAGCGACCUAGUCGACCAAUCAAUAUUACCUCACUUGUACGACUUUCCACAACUGUUCCAAACACAAUUGUGGUGUCAUGGACUGCAGAAAUUGCAAGGCAUUUUUCUUUGGCUGUUUAUCUGGUGAAGCAACUUUCAUCGGCCAUCUUGCUCCAGAGACUGCGAGCAAAAGGAAUCCGCAACCCUGAUCAUUCCAGGGCACUAAUUAAAGAGAAGCUCACAGCUGAUCCAGACAGUGAAAUUGCCACAACCAGUUUACGUGUCUCCCUCCUGUGUCCGCUUGGCAAGAUGCGACUGACCAUCCCCUGCAGGUCUCUUACAUGCUCACACCUUCAGUGCUUUGAUGCCACACUCUACAUUCAGAUGAAUGAGAAGAAGCCCACUUGGGUGUGUCCUGUUUGUGACAAGAAAGCUCCAUAUGAGCAUUUAAUCAUAGAUGGUCUCUUUAUGGAGAUAUUGAAGUGCUGCACAGACUGUGAUGAAAUACAGUUUAAGGAAGAUGGAUCCUGGUCACCAAUGCGAUCAAAGAAGGAAGUACAGGAGGUCACAACAUCUUAUAAUGGAGUAGACAAUGGCUGCAUCAGCAGCUCAGUUGAGCACCAGGUGCCCUCGAACCAUCACUCCUCCAACAAAAACAAGAAGGUGGAAGUAAUAGACCUGACGAUAGACAGCUCUUCAGAUGAGGAGGAAGAAGAACCCUGUCCCAAGAGGAGUUGCCCAUCCAUUACUCCUGCAUCCCCUCUCAGCAAUAAAAGUAUGUUGAAUCUGCAGCACCAGGCUUCUCCGAUCUCUCGAACUCCUAGCCUGCCACCUGUUGACUCCACAUACAUCAAUGCACCUUUACUUCAGGACUAUCGGCAUCCCUUCCACAUGGCACACAUGCCUUAUGACUUACAAGGCUUGGAUUUCUUUCCUUUCCUGUCUGGAGAAAACCAGCAUUACAACACAUCACUGUUGGCGGCGGCUGCUGCUGCAGCAUCAGAAGAGCCAGAUUUGCUUCAUUCUUCCCGUUUCUUCCCCUACACCUCUUCCCAGCUUUUCUUGGACCAGUUAAACGCAAGUGCAAGCUCUUCUUUGCCAGCAACUAAUGGGAGUAACAGUGGCAGUAACAGCAGUUUGGUAUCGUCGAACAGCCUUCGUGAGUCCCACAAUGCCCCCAGCCGUGGGCCAGCAGACAGCUCCUCACUUUAUGGCAUCAUACCAGAUGUUAUCUCCUUGGACUGAUUGACAGAUGCAGGACCCCUACCACCUGAUUUCUUUAUUUUAUUAUUUUUUUUAAGGGAAAUGCUAAAAAUACAAAAAAAGCUAAAGACAUGUACAGAGAACAGAACUAUAUUUUCAGUUUUAAUUUUGUAUAUAAACGGAAGACUAUACUCAUCUGAUAAAACUGAAACCUGGCCCCGCCUCUUACUCACUCUCCCCCCUCUCCAUUUUUAAUUUUUCAACCUAAUCCCAGAGAUUGACUCUUGUUCUAGAGAUUUCUCUGACUUUUUUUUUUGUUUUUAUUUUAUUUUUUUAAAUACUAAAGCUCCCCAGCAUUGCUCAUCCCACUGCACUCUACAGCAGCCACCAUAUUGGUAUGGCCUGAGCUGCCUCUACCACUUCUAGAAAUCCAAACUCAAGGAUUGUUAAGUGAAAACCGGCUCAUUAAAAUCUGCACUUCUUUAUGGCAAUCCAGGUGAGCUCUGGGGCACCACAGAUACUUUGACAUUGGCUUCUCCUUUAACCCAACAAUGACUGAGUUUGGAGCUCAAAAAUACUUCGCUGCCAAAUGGACAUUUAAGAAUAAAGCACUUCAGUCUGCAAUCAGCACUAAAUAAAUGUCAGAUUGUAUCUGUUAAUUUGGCCUGGGCUGAACUAAAAGUGGAUUUCAUUCAUUGGUACCCUGACACAGACACUUGAGUGACAAUAAGAUGGUUGUCCCCUUCCUGUUUGGUGCCAUCUUUCUCCUCUGUCUUUUGCUGUCCAAUCUAGGAGAGAUUUUAGUUCCAGCUACACCUCCUAAAGUCCUUUCAGCAUUUAGCAAGCUAGCAGUUUGGUGCCAAUCAAACCUCCCUUUCAGGCAUUGUUACUCUUUCUUUGAAAGUUGACAAAAUGUCAAUGUUAUUUAAAACGCCAUCAUGUCUGUCUAGCUAUUUGUGCUUGCUCUGUGCCUCAAGGGAGACAUGAACGCACUCCAGUGUGUAAUGCUUCUGUGCAUCCCUACUGCAAUGAAAAUAAUUAUUUAUUCACCUCUGAAUAUGCAUUGGAUAAACACAGAGUGCAAUGACGGCAUCAUUGCUUUUUAAAAAAAAAUGAUCUAGCAGUCCUAAUGCCAGUUCUUUUCAUUGAAAUAUUGCAUAGGGCCUAUUUUCACAUGAUGUUCAUUAUUCCCUCACAAGAGAGUAGAGGUAUAAUUAAAAGACACUUUAAGCAAGAUGCAUAGUGUGGCCAAAGGGUGUGUUAAUCUACAGUAAAGGAGAGGAUGUCAUCAUUAUGUCAGGAUCUGUAAUAGUAACCCCCCCCCCUCCCACAAAAACCUCAGCUUUGCAUGUGGGAGUUGGGAUUAACUGGGUCAGGGUUAAUAUAUUUCCCCCCUUACAGACAUUCCUGAGAAUUAAAGGGAAAUGUUUCUAUGAAAGGUUUAGACCAGUGAUCCCCACCCUGUGGCUUGUGAGCAACACGUUCUCCCAGUGGCCUCAAAGAAGAUGCUUAUUUUUGAAUUCCUGGCUUGGAGGCACCUUUGGUUGCAUAAAACCAUGUGUACUACUAAAUUGAGCCUCCUGUAGGCUGUGAGCUGCAAUCACAGACCAUAUGUGGCACUACCAGGAAAUGUUUGCAUGCUUGUGUUGCUCUCAAAUUUUUUUUAAAUUUGAAAGUGGCUCACUGGUUCAAAUGGUUGGGGACCCCUGGUUUAGACCUAUGGCACUUAGGGUUUCAUUUGGUUUACACACUGGAAAGUUUCCAUGCAGCUAUUGUCUGGUCUGUGCCGUUUUAUACUACGGAAGAGGGAAGGGUCCAUUUUGGGCACUUUUUCUAUGGAAAAAUUCCAGAAAUCUGAUCCCCAUGUGUAUUAGAGACCUUAGGUUCUAUUUGGGUGAACUUAGAACAUCAGAUAGAAGGUUAUUGCAUACUGUGUCCACAUACCUGCUCUUCAUAUGUGCGUGUGCACCUGACCCCAUCAGUCCAAAAAGCUCUGUGAGGCUACAAUUUGUUUUUACUGCUCAACAAAAGUAUCUUUCUAUUCAGGCCCUUCCCUAUGCAUAUUCCAGGCUCUCAUUCACACCACUGCUUGGUUGCUAGGGUAAGUUGCACCCUAGAAACCAGAUAGCUACUGUAACACCAAAUUGGAGAGCUGCUAAUCAAAAACCUAAAUAAUUUAAUAGCCACCUGCAGACUGUCUAAUUUUCACUAUUUCAUACUAAAGUUAAUAGGAAGAUGAGUACCUUGUUAAGACCUAGCAUCAAAUAGCAGUUCAAUUCAGAGGCUCAUAGUUGCAGGACAAAUAUGCUAUGAAAAUUAACUCCAAAAUAAAUUUUAGGGUGGGCACGGACUGAGGAUGUGCUAGGACUGUUGUGCUUUUACCAGUCAGAAUGAAAAAUAUCCAAAUUAUCCAUAUCCUUGUGCCAGAUAGCUCCUGGGUCAGGGUUGUGGGUAUCAUGGCAGAGAGUGCAGUGGGAUGGUUUACAUGCUGUCUAGCUCAACUAGAAGGAUUGUGCGUGACUUCAUUUAUUACUUUAAGCUAAGUUUGCCAGUGUUGGGGACAAGGGUGCUGCUUAUUCAUUAGGCCCAUAAGCAGCCGAGUGGGCAGGAGUUGAUGUAAAUAUUACAAAUCAGAUCUUAUUGCUGGUUUCUGUGGACUGAAUUUGUAACUCAUUGCCUUAACAAUGUUUCCAUAUGGCAUGCCAGACCAGCUGAAAGGCUUUUAAACCUGUAUAGUAGGCCAAUGUCAGUUUGUAUAAAGUAUCAAGUGAAAAUAUUUAUUACUUGCAUUGGACAGAAAUUGUUUACCUAUUGAAUGUUAUCUGUUUCUGUAGAAGUCUUUAGAUGUAAUAAAAAAGCAUUCUAA